AUGAAAGACGCGCGGGGCCUGAGGACGAGCGGCUCCUUUGUGUCCAGGAGGAUUGUGGGUCCUCCGUCCAAGUCCACCCUCCCAUGUUCUCCCUCUCGGUCCUCCCUUCCGGUCUUUUCGAUCCUCCCAGCCCUCCCGGUCCUCCCUGUCUGCCUUCCCAGUCCUCCCGCAGUCCUCUCUCCCUGUCCUCCCUCCCAGUCCUCUCAGUCCUCCAUCCUGGUCCUCCCUCCCAGUCCCUUUGGUCCUCCUUCUCGUUCCUCUCUGUCCCCCGUAUACCUCCCACACUUGUCCUGCAUGACUCUCCACCUGUUACCGCCUGGAGCAGAGCGCUCAGAGCCGCAGGCGGAUCACUGCGGUUCACCUAAAAAAACAAAGAUGGCGGACACAAACCAGCAAGCGCCCCCUCCCCCUUCACUCGGACCUGUGCAAUUUCUGUUAAGUAACAAGUUGGAGACAGCGAUGUGGUUGUCCAGACUCUUCACCGUCUACUGCUCAGUCAUGUUUAUUCUCCCGAUAUUGGGGCCUUACGCAGCUGCUAACUUCUACCAGAGAGCGUUGUUAGCUAACGCCCUGACCAGCGCCCUGCGGCUGCACCAGAGGCUGCCGCGCUUCCAGGUGAGCCGGGCGUUCCUGGCCCAGGCGCUGCAGGAGGACAGCUGCCACUACCUCCUCUACUCCCUCAUCCUGGUCAACUCUUACCCCAUCACCAUGAGUAUAUUUCCAGUUUUCCUGUUUUCAUUGCUUCAUGCUACAACAUACACCAAGAAAGUUCUGGAUUCGAUGGGAGCAAACAGCCUCAUGUUCGUCAGAAAUCUUCUUGAUAAACUGUCGGCGAAUCAACAGAACAUCCUGAAGUUCAUCGCCUGCAACGAGAUCUUCCUGAUGCCCGCCACGGUCUUCAUGCUCUUCAGUGGCCAGGGGAGUUUGCUGUUGCCUUUUAUUUACUAUAGAUUCCUCACACUCCGCUACACCUCCAGAAGAAACCCUUACUGUCGCACUUUGUUCACGGAGCUGCGGAUCCUCCUCGAGCACUUUGCCAUGAAGCCCGCGUGCCCCGUCCUCUUCAGACGCAUGUGCCACAGCAGCAUCGCCUUCAUCAGCCGCCUGGCCCCCACGGGAGUCUAG